CGUUGCGGCGGGUAAGGCGGGACUUCCGGGUGUGUCUCAAACCAGGAAGUCGUCGUGUUACUUUCUCCUCCUCCUCCCCCUCCUCCCUCUGGGUCGGCGCUGCGAGAUCCAGAGGGUCUCCAGAAGCGUUAAGUUGCUCCAGUCGACGGAAAACUGUCCGGAAGGCAGUUUGCCGCCGGUUCCUGCGCUCCUCUGGCCGCCUGUCACUUCAACUUUUCCGGCUGUCAUCGAAGGAACGGCGCCGUGAGGAGACAGCGGCCGCGCGCGCGCUCGCGCUGUCAGGAUGAAAACAACCUUGAAGCUGAUGACCAACCACAACUUGACAUUAAGAUGAAUCCUGACUUUUGUCCUCAACCCUCACCUCCACUGACCUGUUCCACUAUUUUUCUAUUGGCCUCCCAGUGAGCCGGCCCUAUCUGUUAUCAUGCAUUUGUGAUGAUACAGGACACAGGCUGCCCCUCCCGUAUCCCUUUCCUUUUGUGUGUAACCAGGACGUCUCUCUUCAUUCUGUCCUCGUGAUCACCCCUCCUUCCCUUCCUCUUACUCUGUGCCAUGAUCCGAAAAAAAGGCUCCCUCAUACUUUGUGGUGCAUUCCUGUUUGUCACCUGGAAUGCUGUCCUGGUGCUUCUGCUGUGGAGCAGACCCCCAUCGAGCCAGCAGGGCGAUGGGACGAGCGAAAAGGCGGAGGAGCCCACUGAUGGUCUGAUGAAAGAUUUGUUUGGGAUUUUGGACGCAUUUGCAAACGAGCUGGAUAAGCAGAGGAAGAUCCUGCUACAGAUCCAGACUUAUCAGUCAGUGUGGGUGCCAGUCAAUAAUGAAAGACCAAAGGUGGACGUCCCACGUCAGCCUGUCAUUCCUAUCCUGGUUAUUGCCUGCAACCGGGUCACUGUGAAACGCUGCCUUGACAAACUCCUGCAGCACCGACCCUCAGCCGAGCUCUAUCCAAUCAUUGUGAGUCAAGACUGCGGGCAUGCCGAGACGGCAGCGGUGAUCAGCUCUUAUGGAGCUCAGGUGACCCAUAUGAAGCAGCCGGACCUGUCGGAUAUUGCUGUUCGGCCGGAGCACAAAAAGUUUCAGGGUUACUACAAGAUCUCGAGACAUUACCACUGGGCCCUCAACCAGGUGUUCAAGACGCUGUCCCACACAUCUGUAAUUGUUGUGGAAGAUGACCUGGAGGUGGCGCCAGACUUCUUUGAGUAUUUCCGAGCCUUGCUACCACUUCUGCAGUCGGACCCCACCCUGUGGUGCGUGUCAGCAUGGAAUGACAACGGCAGGGAUGGCUUCAUAGAUCCUGCAAAGACAGAUCUGCUGUACAGGACAGAUUUCUUUCCGGGUCUGGGCUGGAUGCUCCGUAAAGAACUGUGGGAGGAGCUGGAGCCUAAGUGGCCCGCUGCUUUCUGGGACGACUGGAUGCGUCAGCCAGAGCAGCGCCAUAACCGGGCUUGCAUACGGCCAGAGAUUUCACGCACUCUGACCUUUGGUCGGCAGGGUGUGAGCUUGGGUCAGUUCUUUGAUAAGUACCUACGUGACAUAAAGCUGAAUGCCCAGUUUGUGCCUUUCACCAAAAUGGACUUAAACUACUUGAAGGAGGAGUCGUACAAGGAAAAUUUUCAGAAAGAAGUUUACAAUGCUCCUUUGGUCAAAUAUGAAGAAGUGAAACAAGGCCAACUGAAGGGAUCUGGCCCUUUCCGCCUUGAAUACUCAAGUAAGGACAGUUUCAAAAUGCUGGCCAAAAACCUGGGGAUCAUGGAUGAUUUGAAGUCUGGAGUGCCAAGAGCAGGAUACAGGGGAGUUGUAAGCUUCUUCUACAGAGGACGGAGAAUCUACCUGGCCCCACCUCCUGGGUGGACUCAGUAUGAUCCAUCCUGGAGCUGAUUAUUUAGGAAAAUGCCUUUGUCCAGAAGCCUUUUGCUUGUUCUAUAUGCCAGCUGGGUGAAGCCUCCGAGACCAAAGAUGAAGAUGUUUCUGCCCAGAUUCUCUGUCCUUCAUGGUACAGAACGGAUCAUUCAGUCUGGUGUGAAUUGCCAAUACCACUCAGGUCUUUACUAUUCCAAAAGAUUUCUCACAGCGUCAAACAUGCUGUAUUUCACCAGAGAUCUAUUUUUAUACAAUCCAAAUUGUGCACAUUAAUUCAUUGAUGCAUUUAAUGCUGUACCCAAGUUUGCCUUUUUUUGUUGAUAUUAUUUGCAGCUUCUGUAAGUUUGCGACCAAAUAAGGAAAUGUAAUCUGUGGUUUGGGUGUUCGUAGCAUCUUUAAUCACUACAAUGUAAUCUGUCCUUUGACUCUCGUCAUUCUGGUCUUUAAAAAUCUGUUCUUCCUUCUUAAAUUUGAUGUCAGUUUGUUUGACUCAAAUCAAACCUUCUGGGGUUUUGUUAAUGCAAACCACUUCACUUGGGUUGUAUAUUUUUGGAAUAAAAACAAAACUAUGAUCUUGCAGA